AAGUGUAUUCGGGUUUCAGGAUCUGCUCAGCUCUGACAUCACUGAUGCAAUGCUGAGUGUGCACACAGCACCGACUGCAGAGGCUCCUCUCGCCUAGCACGCUGUCAGCUCUCAGCCUGAGGCAGAUCUGUGCACCGUAACCGCCCCCCCAUGUAGCCUCCAGGAUGGGGGAAGAUGAUGUGGAGUCACGUCUGGUUCAUUCUCUGGCAAUCAGCACAGCCAAACCCUCUCAGCACUUUCCUCUCUCCCUUUCUUUCCAGCGCAGUGCCUUUGCCUCGUGGAUCAAGGAGAACAUCAACAAGAGGCAGUGCUGCUUCUUUGAAAAAGGUGUCAGAGAGGAUGUAUGUAAGUGUGGCUAUGCAAAGACCGAUCAUGUGGAUGAAGCCAUCAAACCAGAGGACUUCACAGGCGAGUCGUGGGACAGACACAGACAUAUCCACGAAGUGCCCACUGAUGCUUUUGGAGAAAUCAGCUUUGGUGGUUUGGGACAGAAGACUGGCAAGUAUGCACGAGUGUCCACAGACACCAGCCCUGAAACCCUGUACGAGUUAUUGACCGAACAGUGGAACCUUUCUCCUCCCAACCUGCUAAUCUCAGUGACCGGAGGAGCUAAGAACUUCUAUCUGAAGGCUCGUCUCAAGAAUAUGUUCCACAGAGGUCUUAUCAAAGUGGCCCAGACAACAGGUGCGUGGAUACUCACUGGUGGUACACAUGCUGGUGUGAUGAAGCAUGUCGGUCAGGCUGUGAGGGACUACGCCCUGAGUAGCUCCAUGCAGGGCCAGAUUGUAGCUAUUGGAGUAGCAACUUGGGGAGUAAUUCACAACAGGGAUGCUCUGGUGAACUCAGAGGGUUGUUUCUCAGCCCAUUAUUUGAUGGACAUCAAGAGCCAGGGCCGACUCUCCUGCCUCGAUAACAACCACACCCACUUCCUGCUGGUGGACGAUGGGACCCAAGGACGCUAUGGUGUGGAGAUUGAACUGCGUAGCCGUCUGGAGAAAUACAUCUCUGGAAAGCAUCUUGGAAACAAAGAUAGUGGCUUGACCAUCCCAGUGGUGUGUGUGGUUUUGGAUGGAGGACCAGGCACUCUAAAUACCAUCUAUAAUGCCAUGCUGAAUGGUACACCAUGUGUGAUCUUGGAGGGUUCUGGGAGAAUAGCAGACGUGAUCGCCCAGGUGGCAGGACUGCCAGUGAGCCGGGUCACUAUCGUCCUCAUCCACCAGUUAAUGAAAAAGUUCUUUGGCCAGGAGUAUGAAAUGUUCCCCGACCUCAAGAUCAUAAAAUGGACCAAGAUGAUUCAAGACAUCAUCAGGAUGUCUCACUUGCUGACCAUCUUCACAGUAAGCGAGGACCAUCACGGGGACGUGGAUGUGGCUAUUCUUCAAGCGCUACUCAAAGCUUCGAGGAACAGCGAGUCACUGGGAAUCGACAGCUGGAAGAGGCAGCUUGAGCUGGCUAUAGCCUGGAACCGAGUGGACAUAGCCGAGACUGAGAUCUUCUCUGAGGAGAGCCAGUGGAGGUCUAGUGACCUCCACUGGGCCAUGUUCUCAGCCCUGGUUGGCCACAAGCCUCAGUUUGUGAGUCUGCUGCUGGAGAACGGCGUGAGCCUGAGGGAUUUCCUGCAGGACGAGGACACUCUGUGUGAGCUCUACAAAAAGAUGCCCAGUUGCUUCUUUCUCCGCAAGCUGGCCAAGCGGGUCAACAGUUCUACUCGCAGCAGGAGGCCAGCGAUCGGCAUCAGGCCUCGAGCUUAUUCAGGCGAAAUGAUUUCCAUGACUCAUGUGUCUGACGAGGUGCGCCACCUGCUCGGCAGUUUCACCCAACCCCUCUACCCUCCCUCCAGCACGACAACCCACCUUAACAUGUCUAUAGAGGAUUUAUCUCUAUCACUGUCUAAAAGUGAGGCGCCUUCCCAGGCUCCACUCAGGGAGGACAAAGCUGAAGCACAGAGGGAUCUGGGCAGAGACCUUUUCCUUUGGGCUGUCGUCCAGAACAAUAAGGAGCUGGCUGAAAUUGCCUGGGAGCAGUGUAGAGACUGCAUGUCCGCUGCCCUGGCCGCCAGUAAGAUCCUGAAGAAAAUGGCAGAGGAAGGAGGUGAUGUAGAUGAGGCAGAGGACAUGCAAGAGCUUGCCAAUCACUAUGAGAAACACGCCAUUGGUGUGUUCAGUGAGUGCUACAACAAUGAUGAAGAGCGGGCUCAGAAGUUGUUGGUUCGUGUGUCACCAUACUGGGGGAAGACAACGUGCCUGAGGCUGGCGCUGGAGGCUGAUGAUAAAAGUUUUGUAGCUCAGUCAGGUGUUCAGACUCUUUUGACACAGAUCUGGUGUGGUGAGCUUUCAGUGGACAACCCUGUGUGGAGAGUAUUGAUCUGCAUGGUUUUCUUCCCACUUAUCUACACUGCCUUUCUGAUUUUCAGACGUGAUGAAGUUAUCCAGAGAGAAACCGAGAAGAACGAGGAGAUCAAGACAGUGGAGAAAGUGACAGGAAGUACACUUCACACAAAUAUUCUUAGCUAUAAUCGCCCCAGCAUGAGGCGCCGGAAGCCUCUGAGUAACUGGUCCAGACUGGUCUACCUGUACAGCGCCCCACAGGUGAAGUUCUACUGGAAUAUUGUGUCUUACUUCGCCUUCCUCUUCCUGUUUGCUGUGGUGCUGAUGGUCGACUUCCAGGUCACUCCCUCUGCUGCGGAGGUGCUGCUUUACAUCUGGCUGUUCUCUCUGGUGUGUGAGGAGGUCAGACAGCUGUUUCAUGAUCCCGACGGUUUUGGGUUUCGUAAGAAAGCCAGGAUGUAUAUCAACGACCUGUGGAACAUUUUAGAUGUUCUUUCCAUCCUCCUCUUUAUCAUCGGCCUUGUAUUUAGGCUGACGACUGAGCUGUUCUAUGCGGGUAAAAUCCUCCUCUGCAUCGACUUUGUGGUCUUCUGCCUCCGCCUCAUGGCCAUAUUCACUAUCAGUAGAACCCUGGGACCCAAAAUCAUCAUAGUCAGGAAGAUGAUGAUGGAUAUGUUCUUCUUCAUGUUCCUGCUGAGUAUCUGGGUGGUGGCGUACGGUGUGGCCAAACAAGGCAUCCUCAUCCACAACGACAAUCGGCUGGACUGGAUUCUCCGAGGGGCAGUUUAUGAGCCGUAUCUCAUCAUAUUUGGGAAUUUUCCUGCAAAUAUUGAUUAUGCUGAAUUUGAUAUAAACUCCUGCAGCAUGAAUGGCACCAAUCCUCUGAAGCCCAAGUGUCCGGUGCUGAAUGAGAACCAAACACCAGCCUUCCCUGAGUGGCUCACCAUCAUCAUGCUUUGUGUUUACUUGCUCUUUGCCAACAUACUUCUGCUCAACCUGCUCAUAGCUAUCUUCAACUUUACAUUCCAGGAAGUUCAGGACAACACCGACAGAAUAUGGAAGUUUCAGAGAUAUGAGCUAAUUAAGGAGUACCACAGCCGCCCUGCUGCACCCCCUCCUUUAAUCAUCCUCAGCCACCUUUACCUCUUCAUCAGGAACAUGGUGCUGUGUAGGCCUCCCAUUGUGAGCAAAGAGUUUAAGAGCAAGCUACCUGGGAAUGAGGAAGAGGAGCUGUUGUCCUGGGAGGCCUUGAUGAAGGACAGAUACAUGCUGUCCACGCAGCAGGAGCAGAGCCAGAGCAUGGAGCGGCGCAUCCUGGACACGGCCCAAAAGGUUACCACCAUACACGAUCGGCUGGAGAGGGAAGAAGAGACAGGCUCUGAUGCCGUGGAGAAAAGACUGGCCCGACUAGAGGAGCAGGUCGUCCAGUCAGCCAGAGCCCUGCAGUGGAUUAUGGACAGUCUGAAAUCUCAGGGUUUUGGAGCAAAAGAAGCACAAUCACUGACGUUAAGCACAACAGACGAGUCCCCUGACACCUACGUUAAUACGUCAGAGAAGGAGGAUGGGUUCCACGUGAACGCCCGUCAGUUUAACUACCCAGGCAGCAAACUCACACGCUUCCCUGUGCCUGAGGAGAAGGUGCCAUGGGAGGUCAGCUUCAGCUCAUAUAUGCCGACUUCAUACGCCACUGAAGAUGGUGGGGACCACGUGGAUGGAUCAGAAUCAGAUGCCUUAGAUAAUUACAGAAACCCAGGAGGGAGGACGGGCAUCACGGGACGAGGUGCACUAACCCGCCUUGGUGCAAAUCUGAAUGUAGACCUUGUGAUUACACGCUGGCGAGACAGCGAGCGAUCUGUUUUGGAGUACCUCGGGGUUUGGGGUGAGAGCCAAGGAACCUUACUUUUACCUGGGGGACCAGUCCAAUCUGCUGACCAGCUGCCAGCGAGUCUUAAGAAAACCAUGGGAAAGAGUCUGUAUGAAAAAAUAAAUGAAAAAGUAUCAGAGGGAAUAAAGGUGUUUGAGGGUUAUGUGGAUGACUGCAGGAACACGGAUAACGCCUGGGUGGAGACCACCGUCCUAAAUAUUCACCUGGACAGAACGAGCCAGGUGAUGGUAGACAUCAACAACGUGUUGGUGAGCAAACACGGGUGUCUUCAGUGGCAGGAGGUGAGCGGCAAAACCAACCUUGGCUCAAACCAAAGAGAAUUUCUGCGGCAGGUUGCUGAGCUGCACAACAGGAAGUUCUGAUGUUCACACCGCUGUAGCUGUAGCUGUAGCUGUAAACGUGCCUCUCUCGCUUUUCUUCAGCCUGUUCACGUGGCCUUUUGUUUAGGCUGACGUGGAUUCAUUACAUUGCACUGAAAUCACUAAAUAAACUAUAUAAAGCCAUAUAAUGUUAUGCUGCUGUGAAUAACAAUUUGCACACGUCAUACGACACUGAAUGUGCUAUGUGUUGUGAGAAUAAAUACUCCAGUACUGCAGAGUAACUAAGUACACUCACUCAAAUAUGAUCCAGUUUCGAGGUAGUUGUACGUCACACGAGUAUUUCCAUUUUAUGCUGCUUAAUACUUCUUCAUCAGUACAUUUCAGAUACAUACAUAUUCAAAUAUUGUUUUACUUCACUACAUUAAUCUGACAGUAUAUCUUACUGUGUAUAAAAUGAGGCAUUGUUGCAGAUGAAAAUGCCCAACACGUGGAUAAUAUAGUCAAUCGUAUAGAAAUAAAUGAGACUUUUAGACUUUUUUUAAUAAUAAAUAUCUAUAUAAUUGCGACAGAAAUGUAGAUCUGCAGAUUCAAAAGACCUUCUUAGAUCAUCUCAAGUGUUCCAGAGAAGCUUUAUUCCAGUUUGGAAGCUGUAUGAGGUCCUUUAAUUAAUUAUCUGGAGAUGAUGAUAUGUUCCUCUGUUGCCUCACUUCAUGUUGACUGUAUGAUGGGAAGAAGAUGGACAUUGGUCAUAGAAAGAAGAAACAUUUUUAUUUUUUAUACAUUUGAAAGGUUCUAUUUAUUUCAUCUUAAAUGUAUUUUUAUCUUUAUUUUUCUUGUGUAUGAUUGUAUAUGGAUUUCCAGUUGUCAUUUUCGUUUCACCAGCUGCAAUAUUAGAAUAUUUACAAGGCGGUACAUCAAUAAUACAAUAAUUCACAGUUUAUAAUAAUAUCUGAAAGGGACCGUAUAUACUGUAUAUUGUGGACUACUAAUACUUCUGUAUCACUACUGCUCUAAUUUAACUUCCACCACCAACAUAUUUACUUUUUCUGCUCAACUUCCCUGUACUUGUUUGUGUUUAUUUCACGUGUGACCUGACAUA